AUGUCUGACCCUGAGAAGAUGCACAUCCUCCUGCAGGCUUGUUCUGAAGAAAUUCGAGACCACCUUUACUCAUAUAGUACUGUAGAAAACGGCUUUCAACGGGCGCUAAAAGCUUUGCGGAUACGAUUUGGUGGAGAAGAUGCCUUUAUUCGUGAACAGAUUCAGGACCUGAUGUUGACCUCAUCAGUGCUUGACAAUCUGUUGGGGAAAGAGUUGCUGGUUGAGAAGUUACCCAGUCACUUGAGCGAGAAAUACCGAAGCAAAGUGGAGGAGUUUGAAGCUCAAGGGGAAAAGGAACCAGGGUUAGAACAUCUAUGGGGAUUCAUACAGAAGGCCGCUGAUGCUGGUAAUGCUAGAGAGGCUUACACAGAAACAUGGGGAGCCAGAGAUAGACGAUAUGCCGGCAAUAAUGCUAGCAGGCGUGCUGUAGGGCUGGCUGUCACGGGCGCAGAGCGCAAGGCUUGUUCACUCUGCUCAGAUGAUCAUAUCUUAAAUCGAUGCCACAAGUUUCGUACUAUGGCAGUAUUUGAGAGAACCCGAACUGUACAACGAUUACGGUACUGCUUCCUGUGUCUCAGAAAGGGACACCAGGUCAAUGCGUGUCCGAUGGGAUACUCACCGUGUGACAUUGAUGGAUGUUCAGAGUUACAUUCGAGAUGGUUACAUCCUUCUCCCAAGUCCAUGCAGAGGGAAAGGUGUGGAAAUAGACGCCAGAGCCAAGAAACAGAUAAGAGUAAGUGUCGUGACCGUGAUGAACGGACUAGGGACACCUGUGACUACUGA